UUUUUUGCUGAACAUUUUUUGUUUUCCAAACAUUUUCGGAUUAGCCAAACCCAAACCUCUGACCCCUUCUUUCGCCAUGUAUCUCUCUAGGUUCCAAACAUAACUUAUGAUAGCAAAUUAAUUGUUCUAUAUUCUUUAUGGAGAUCUUAGAUGGAAACCAAAGACCCUGUAGAUGUAAAGUCAUCCAAGAAAUUCCCGUUAGCUUCAAGGUUAGUAGUUUUAGCUUUCUCUGUGAUUUGUGGAGUAUACAUAUUUUCGAUUUGUUCAGAACAAGUAGGUGUAAACACACAUUCCAAGCUCGUAGACGUCAAAGUCUUCAAACAGCAAUGUCCUCCUCCUCCUGUGGAACAAUGGGAACUGCCCUACUUGAAUUAUCCAGAGCCACAAACCUUCAACAGAGAGGAGUGUGCCUGCAAUCCUGUUCGGUUAUUUUGCAUUGUGUCAAUGCAAAGAUCUGGGAGCGGUUGGUUUGAGACACUUUUGAACAGUCAUAUGAAUGUUAGCUCCAAUGGAGAAAUAUUUUCGGUUGUUAAAAGAAGGGAGAAUGUCUCUUCAAUUUUGCUGACAUUGGAUAAAGUGUAUAAUCUUGACUGGUUCACAAGUGCUUCAAAGAAUGAAUGCUCUGCCGCUGUUGGCUUCAAAUGGAUGCUUAAUCAGGGGUUGACAAGGCAUCAUGAAGAAAUAGUAGAAUAUUUUGAAAGAAGAAAUGUAUCCGUAAUAUUUCUAUUCAGAAGAAAUUUGCUUCGCAGAAUGGUAUCUGUGUUGGCAAAUAUUUAUGACAAGGAGGUCAAGUUACUGAACGGAACACACAAGUCUCACGUGCAUUCCACUACAGAGGCGAAUAUUCUUGCACAGUAUAGGCCACGACUCAAUGUUACGCUAAUGAUAUCAGAGCUAAAGCUAACUGAGGAGACAACUCAAAAGGCCUUGGUAUACUUCAAGAACAUUCGCCACAUUGUUCUCUACUAUGAGGAUCUUCUCAACAAUCGAACUAAAAUCAUGGAUGUUCAAGAAUUUUUAAGGGUGCCGUACAGAGAUCUACAGAGCCAUCAAGUGAGGAUACACACUGCUCCACUAUCAAUGCAGAUUGAAAACUGGGAAGAAGUGCAAAAAGCACUGAAUGGAACGCCGUAUCAGAAAUUUCUAUAUUCAGACUAAUUGAUAUUGUAACACAUUUUCUCAUAAGUCUAGUAGAGCAACAUUUGAUUCUCCUUUUAUAUAUACCUUAGCUUGUACAUAACUUUAUCAUGAUUAGCAGGCAUAAGAUUAUUACAGACAA